GCUGCUGAAGGAGAAGCUGCUGCAGCGACUGUGCUGCAGCAGAAGCGACUGCCUGGCUGCUGCGAGCUGAAAGCAUCUCCAUCUUCUCCACCUUCUUCUCUCACAUCGGUUUGACGUUCAGGCAGGACCUCCUGGACCUGCUGCAGACCCACACUGAGCCUCAGCCUGCUGCUGGCCAUGGACUGAAACCAGGUGAGCUCCUCCUGAGGCGAGGAAGGCAGUUCGGUGUGGGACCUGCUGCUGCUGUGUCCUGAGUGGGUGUGUCACGGCGUCCUUCCCUUUGUCUCUCUGCGAUGCUCAUGAACGAGCCUUGCCUUCAGCCUGUCCUCACCAGACCCCCGUUUGACCAGCCCAAUGGCCACCAGUCCCAGUGGUCCCCCACAAUCCAGCUCCAUGGAGGAGACCCAUCAGGAGGAGCAGCCAACGAGCAAACAGCCAGACAAAGAGGCUUUCCCGCCUGCUGCAACUCCUCAAGCAUCCAGCGAGGAGCAGCAAACAGCUACGGCAACUACAGAAGCCCCAGAGGUCAGACAGAUAGAAAAAGAAAAAUCAAUCGACCACCUGACGGUGAUCAGUGAGAGCACAGAGACCAGUAACGGCGUCACUCCUGUGAGGAGUAAAGCGUCCCCCGUAGUGUCCUCUGUGUCGCCCAAGUUUCACGUUAAACCAGGCAGCCAUCUUAAUGGCCGGCCCAGCUUGGGCAGCCGGUCCGGCUCGUUGGCGAUGGGCUCCCCGAGGCCCUCGCUGACGCGCCAGCCCAGUGCCAUCACAGAGGUCACUGGGAACGGAUCCAAACCCAGGGACUACCUGUUCUUCGCCAUCCUGUCCUGUUUCUGCCCCCUGGUGCCAAUUAACAUCGUAGCGCUCACCUUCUCCUUGAUGUCUAGGAACAGCCUGCAACAGGGCAAUGUGGACGGAGCUCGCCGUUUGGGUCGCAAUGCCUUGGUGCUGUCGGUUGUCUCCAUUUUAGGAGGGAUUGCUAUCAUUACUGCAGCAAUUGCCUUCAACUGGGGACGGAUUUUGAAAUCCUGAUCCGAUGUUUCUGCACAGAGAGUCGAUGAUCAGAACCACAUCCAAACACGGCACGGUUCGCCCCCCCGUCUCUGAAGCACCAUCAUUUCCACCCAUCGCCACCGGAUGGAAACACCGCCGUUCUUCUCUUCCCGUCUCUUUUAUUUCUGCACGACAUUGAGCAUGAUCUGCCUGACGCUCUACCUCCAACAGAAGCAGCCGCCUCUGUCCCAACGCACCGCCUGACAGGAGCAGGGCGACGGAUGGCUGCUUACUGACUGGUUUCUCUCCCGUCAUGAAAUCAGGCGUCUCUCUUUGGAAACGAUACAUUAUUCAGACGGUGAAAGAAGGAGGCCGGUGGAUUUCACGCUCUGAUGCCAAAAAACAACAAUCUGGGAGACGAAGCUGCUAUGAAACUUUUACUGUGAAGCAAAAACUGACAAACAUAACUGGAUUAGUCAGAAGGUCACUGGAGGUCACAGGUUCUUUAUUUCUCACCUUUCUCUGAACCAACUAUCCGGUUUGCUUCUUGCGUUUUGGCUCCGGUUGGUUACUAGAACAAGGUCAGUCAGACGCCAUGUUGAAUUGGACGGUCCUCUGGGUGUUCAGUCGGUCACAUCAUCAGAACUCAGGUAAUCCAUGUGAAGCUAAUUUUACACCCUGCUAAUUCAACGUUUCUUAUGAGCGGACACCCGGGUAGGACAAAAUGGACGUCUCCCCUCAGACUUAGGGAGGAGUUAGAGUCAAGGUGUUGCUCUGGUCUUUGGUGAGGAAGAAGGACUGAAAGCUGAAGCUCUAGAUGAACCGCUCAUCCGCGGUCCGGAUAGACGGACCUUAGAUGGAAGAACUAAUCAUGGAUCUAUGAGCUGAUAUUUGCUUCUUCUGCAGAGUGGCUGGACUCUGACUGAGGGAUAAGGAGAGGAGCUCCACCAUCCUCCUGGAGGAGCUCCUCCUCUAAAGCAUUGACUCCUCCCUCUGGGGCCACAUCCCACAGAGGCAGACCCAGAACUCUGUAGAUCCCAGGAUCUCCUUUGGAUCCUGGGAAGGAACUGGACACACUAGAUCUGUUGCGUCUUGCAGAGCAGAAAGAUUCAGGUUAUCAUCAACAUUCAGCUGGAACAUCUCCUACCUGAUGGCCUCCAGCCCUGAUAAAGCAUCCCUCUAAAGUGACUCUGAGUCCAAAUUUAGCACCAUAACAUGACAGAAAAUCAAUUUUUCUCCUUAGAUUUGACUCAAACUAAAUGAAUGUCUAAUCAUCUGCUAUGAUGAGGAAACUCUGACUGAUUAAGGUCUACAUUCAUCUCCUUCCAGUGAUGCUUCUGGUUUCAAACCCUCAGCUUUGUCUUCUGAGCCGGAUGUUUGCAGUCAGCUGCAGUAGCGACUGAUCCCAGGUCAGCCUCACAUUCAGCCAUAUUUAAUGAAUCUGUCUGACCGCAGCGUCUUUGCUUACUGGGCCUGCAGUGAUGGCUCAGAUGAUUCUAUUCAUUAGGGAGCUAAGGUUACGUCUACUCUGCAUCUCUGGGUGUUUCUGGCUCUGAUCGUGGAUCCGUUGCUCCUCCUGAUUUCUCUGAUCUGCUUUCCUGAGUUUAGCUUCGUUUCGCCUCAGAAGCAGUCGACUCUUUUUUCCUCUCCCUGCAGGAAGCUUUCCGCACCGAGCUGCUUCCAGCGGGAGAACCGCAGGUUCACCAUGAAGACGUGUCCGUUUGGGUCUGAACCACAACUUAUUACCAACAGUCAUAUAAGUUCAUACUUAUAUCACAUCAGCAGCGACCUGUCAGCUGAAUGUUAGGACAUCAGGAAGGUUCUGUGUCGUGUGUGGGAUCCCUGUUAGAGCUACCAGGCUUUUAGGUGUAAAAGGUCUUUCCUUUUCACCCCUUCUGCUUCAUGUAGAACUGCUUCCAGUUUGCACAAUGAACUCACACCUGGCUGGACAGGUAGCUGCACGAAGGAUUUAUAGCCCCACAGUGAAUGAAAUGUCUGUGAUGAUGCUGCAGCCCUGCAGGGCUUCUGGUGCCAAACUCUGAAAUCAAACCUGGUUAUUUAGUAAUUGGAAAUAAGGAGCAUUUUCAGUGGCUUCAUGGUGUUCCGGAACAUUGACCUCUGUGCAUGCUAAUUAACUCUUUGGAAUGAACCCAGAUGAACUGAGCUGUACCAGAACCAGAAUCUCCAAUAACCUGUGCAUGUUUACAUCCUUUACAUAUGACGGUACUUUCACUCAGCAGCACGGCUGCCUGAGAAACACUGUAAAUAGAUGAAAGUUCUCCUCGUCCUCGCUGUGGUUCUGUGUGGCAGGUUUUGGCAGCGAUGGUUGAGCUCAGGUUGUCCUGUUCAACACUGAAACAACACGAUGGCCUCUUCGCCGCCAGAGGAAGGAAAAAAACAGGUUUUCUAGACAUAUUUCGGUGAAGGGUGUCUGGAUUGGGUCCCGGUUCCUUUGUUCCUUUUGGUUCCUGAAGUCCACCAUAAAAACCUACUGUUUUGUUCCCUUAGAACCUGCGACCAUUAGCAGGAAAGAGCCAAUCCUCAUGGCUCUUGAUGUUCUCUAGGAACCCUUCUCUGGUCAUAGCCACUAUGGGUAUCUGUGAUUCCAGUAUAGGUCUCUAUCGCCCCAUUUCCACUCCCCUCUGAAACCGAUCCUUGCCGAGCUUGGUUCCUUAUGUCCGUUUACGCACCACGCUAGCACGGUUCCUCGCCUCCUAGUGGCGAUCUACGGUACUACUGCUCUCUAGAGGGAAACAAG